CUAGAUUGAAUUUACUAAACGGGGUCUCUUCUCUAAUAAUUUGCUCUGCGUUUUCUUUUUGAAACAAAGCCCUAGUUAAUUCGUUCUUAUUCACAUCUCUCUCUCUCUCUCUCUCAAACCCUCAUUCUAUGGCUCCAAAAGCCCUUCAUCUUCGACAUCCGAACUCGCCCCCACACCUUCUCCUCCAUCUCCGGCACCAAGGACCUCCAAACGGUUAACCUAACCCUCCGUGUCCUCUCUCGCCCCGAGGUCUCUCAACUCCCCCGAUCUUCCAAACCCUAGGCCUCGAAUACAACGAGAAAGUACUUCAUUCGAUCGGCAACGAAGUCCUCAAGGCCGUCGUCGCUCAAUUCAACGUCGAUCAGCUCCUCAUCCAGCAUCCCAGCGUCUCCGCAUUGGUCCGCAAGAGCUUGGUUCGUCGUGCUAAGGAUUUCAACAUCGUUCUCGAUGAUGUUGCGAUCAUGCACUUGUCGUAUGGGGCUGAGUUGUCCAAGGCCGUGGAGCAGAAGUAGGUGGCACAGCAGGAGGCGGAGAGGUUGAAAUUCAUGGUGGCCAAAGCGGAGCAGGAGAGGCGAGCGGCGAUUAUUAGGGCAGAAGUUGAGAGACAUGCAAAAGUUAUGUUAUCCUUGCUGCAAGAUAUGCAAGAGAAUGAUCAAAGAAUAAUAAUGUUGCAAUUGGUGGACAAGAUGAAGGUUAAGCACAAGGAUGCUGGUCCAGAGAUACAGAGAGAUGAAUUAGAGCAACUUGUGAUUCAGCUUAUAGUGGAUCGUGUUUUGAAAGAAGAAUUUCAGCAUACAGCUGAUUCCACAAAUUCUUAUGUAACAAUAGGACCUCUUGCAAAGCAAGUGUUGCAAGGAAAGAAGAUUGUUAAGCUUGAGGUUUCUCGAGACCAGAAGAGUAAAGGUGGCAUAACGAAGACUUCCAAAUGUAGCUUGACGUCAUCAGGAUUACAUUAUAAGCUUGAUGAGCUGCAAAAGGAACUUUCUUCUAUUCAUGGGGGAAUAUUUCCUCAUUCCGUCUUGUCAACUCAACAGAUCACCAUGCUAAGUACUCAGAGAUCGAAGACAAUAGAAGAGGCUGCAGAUGUAGUUUUUAUUGCAGAACCUUGGACAGUGCCAUGGACAGCAAAGACCAUUCUGCAGGUUAUCGAGCAAGUUGAAGUUGAGUAUGUACCAGAAAAGGCUGAAUUUGAUGGUCAUUUGGAUGAGGAGUUUAUGAAGGAUUCUCUGGUGUUUACAUAUACACAAAAGAAGAUGGGUAGAUCUGCCUGUUACAACCCAUGUAUCUGUUUUUUUUUUUUUUUGAUGUCCUAUAAUAUUUGUUCAAUUUGAAAAAUGGUACCAAUUUUAUAUCGUUUAUAAAUUGUCCUUUUCUA